AUUAUCAAAAAAAAUGAUCGAAAUUAAAAACUUACCAGAACACAUUCUGAUUGAAGUUUUUUCAAAUCUAAGUCCAAAGAUGAUAAAAUCUUGCUGUUUAGUUUGCAAAAGUUGGAACGAGAUUAUAGCAAAUACAACGGAACUAAUGGACAACUACGUCCUCAACUUGAACAAGCCUUAUGAAGUUACAAAGUCAGCUAAAGAAAUUGAAAGAAAACAUCAAUCAGCAUUGGUCAAAGAUUUGUCACAAGAUUCACUUGAUGACAUUUGCAGACAUAACUUAAAAUCGCUAAAAAUUUCGGGUACAAUAAGAGAGUCAUUAUUGGUUGAAGCAUUGAAUAAUCUACCUGAUCUAAAGGAUUUAGAUGCUGAAAAUGUAGAAUUUGUUUAUGACAAAUCAAAUACUGUUAAUUUCAUGAAGGUUCAUACUAAUCUUCAACAGCUAAAAUGUGAUGUUGGAAUUGUUCAUAUUUUUGGCUGUUCUGCGCUCAAAAAAUUGCAACUAAUGACAGAGGAAUAUGUGAAUUAUGAUAAAAAAACGUUGAUCCAUUUCUUACAACAACAAAAGGAACUACAGGAGUUAAUAUUAAUUGAAAUUAAUGAUGACAUAUUUUGUUCAUUUGAAAUUUUACAACUUAAAUUGUCUUUAAAAUCUCUAUCAUAUUCAAAGUUUGAACCAAUUUUAUUUUAUAACAACUUGAUUAGAUUUUUAAGAUUGCAAAAAGAUUCUUUAACCAGCUUAGAAUUAGAUAUUUGCACAAAUCCUAAAUUUGGAAUUGAUCAGCUUCAUGAAUUUUCAUUAAAAAAUUUAAAAAAUCUAAGACAUUUACAGCUUGGAUUCGUUUCUGGGGAAGUUCACAAUAACAUGUUGUCAUUUCAAGAACUUACACCAGAAAAGCAUACAGCAAAAAAUAUCGAAAGUUUGGAUUUUAGAUCUGGAUAUGAUUUGAAUGAAGCAAAAGGAUUUUUCAAAAUGCUUCCAAAUAUUAAGACAUUAACUUUUGAGGCAGGAAACAAUUAUAUUAUUGGUAUCUCGAAUGAUGUUGAACUUUUGCAAUAUAUAAGUGCAACACAUACCAAAUUGGAAGUAUUAAACCUUUCUGCGUUUAUGAAACAUGCUUUUAAUGAUGUGUUCUUUCCAAAUCUUAAAGAAUUUUCUUUUAUUAACGUUGAUAAUGAAGGAAACGAUGAUAUUCAAAAUUUCAUCAACUAUCAUCUAAGGACUUUAGAAAAGAUAACUCUUCCAGACGCGAGGAUUAUUACUGAAACUGUAGCAAAUGAAAUUAUGAAAUGUGAAAAGCUUAAAAGUUUCGAAUUGUCUGCACGUAAAUCAAGUUUAUCUUUCUUAAAGUUAUUCCGUAAUAUAUCAUCAAAAUCACCAUUCACGUUUACAACAAUAAUGGAUGACAUUAAGGAAAUAUUCAAGUUUCCUGACGAUAAAGCCAUUUGGGAUGAAAAAAUCGAAUCGUUGAGUGAUGAAGCUCAGGAAUUUAAAUUAUUUUAAAAUAUUAAAUGUUGAUACUUUAUACUGCUUUAUACUUAAAUUCAGAAACAAAAUAAAAUAUGUCAGAUACUAAUUAUAAAUAUAAAAGUUUCGGUUUUUGAAUCUAUAAGGUCAAUUCUGCUGACCCAGACAAAAGAGCAUCAGAAAUGUUAUCAGUCACAAUGUCAAGAUUAAUUUUACUGAAAAAAAAAACAUUAAUAUUUGAUUUAAGAAUAAAUUUAGAAGAUAUUCAGCAAAAAACAUAAAUUUCAAGCAACACAUAAACAGCCAAAAAUGUUCAGUAAUUUCUUUUAUUUUUUAUCAUAUAAUUUACACCUAAUUUUAAAAGAAGCGAGAAAAAAAUAGAUAAAUUGUUCAUAAAAGUGAAUUAAAAUUUAAAUUUCAAUAAACAUUUAAUUAUCGUCCACAACAUCUUGAAUUUGAUGCCUCAGAAUUCUCAUGAAUAUUUACAUCAGUCUCAUUUUCUUCAACUCUCAAGCGUCGUCUCAUCGAAUUUGAUCUAUUUAAUGUCGCCGUUGCCUGCUGCUUGUCAUCAUGAGCCUUAAUCAUUAGCUUUGAUAUUUCGAGGAACAAGUCAUCAAUAUUCUCAUUGAGUUUUGCUGACGUUAGAAAGUGUAACGCGCCCACGCUUUUUGCGUAUUGACUAUGCGGUUCGGGAUCAUAUUGUGCCUUUCCUUCUUUUUGUAAAUCAAUUUUAUUUCCAACAAUCACACAAACGAUUUCAUCGCCAACGACCUUCUUUAAUUCCUUUAUCCACAUUUUAAUUUUUUCAAAUGAAUCAGCGCUAGAGACAUCGUAAACUAGAAUUGCACCUUGUGAAUUACGAUAGUAGAUGGGUCCUAAGCUAUGAAACAUUUCUGAAAAUAUAAAGCAUAUCAGUUAAUUAAAUUGAAGCAAUUAAUGAGUCAUAAUUGAACAAAUAAUGAAUAAAGUCAUUUGCAGACGUUAAAUUAAGAUAAGAUAAGCAAAUAUUGUGUUAAUCAUAAACGUAGACAGAAAAAAAUUUCACGAAGGGGAUUGGAACUCAUCAGAUCUUCCGCUUAACAAUAAUCUGUGGCAUUAAACCUACCCUGACCAGCAGUGUCCCAGAUAUUAAGGUUUACUCGGCAGUUCCUUCCAUCAUCGUGCUCAAAGUUAAUUUUCUUAUUUAGGAAUGAUGCUUGUAUCGUCGAUAAAUGCUGCUUAUUGAAUUGAUCGUGUACAAAUCUCAAUAAUAUACUCGUCUUGCCGACCUUGCCU